AUGUCACUAGUACCACCCGGAGGAGAUGAUUCAUCAAGCCCAAGACGUGCCGUCAGUCCGCUGCUGGAGUCCCGCAGACCACAUUGCACACUGGCUUGCGACUACUGCGCUGCUAUACUGGAGGACAAAUUCCGACGUAAUGCUGACAUGCGGAACCGAGGCACGUCUCCUUUGUCAGUAUCCCCGCGUCAGUCUCUCACUGGUGAACCACCUUGGACCUUGCCAGAUGAUGAUCGACCGGAUUUCUCAGCGCUAAAGGAAAAUAUACACAGGAUUAACAAGGAUUGCGAGACAUCUACACGAUUGGACAUGCUUUUAACACAAGUUGAACAGUAUGCAAAUAAUUUGGAGGCUCUGGUAGAGGAACGGACGUCCGAUUACUUGGAAGAAAAACGAAAAUGUGAGGAAUUAUUGUACCAGUUGUUGCCUAAAUCCGUGGCCUCACAGCUCAUAAUGGGUCAACCAGUUAUGGCGGAGACGUACGACCAAGUGACAAUCUACUUCAGCGAUAUAAUCGGUUUUACGCAGCUAUCUGCUGAAUCCACACCACUCGAAGUUGUCGAUUUGCUGAACGAUUUAUACACCAGUUUCGAUUCUAUAAUUGAAAACUUUGAUGUUUAUAAGGUAGAGACAAUUGGUGACGCAUAUAUGGUUGUAUCUGGACUUCCGAUGCGCAAUGGCAAUCGUCACGCUGCGGAGAUUGCGCGUAUGUCAUUGGCGUUACUUCGAGCUGUUAGAGAGAAGACUGUUCCACAUCGGCCUGGUGAAAAAUUACUUUUGAGGAUUGGCAUGCAUUCGGGUCCAUGUGUAGCUGGUGUUGUGGGGUUAAAGAUGCCCCGGUACUGUUUAUUUGGUGAUACUGUUAAUACUGCUUCAAGAAUGGAAUCACACGGGGAAGCACUUAGGAUUCAUGUCAGCCCUAAAACAAAGGAAGUUCUUGAUUUAUAUGAUUGCUUUGAACUUGAAUGUAGAGGAGAAAUCACGAUGAAGGGUAAAGGUAAAAUGACAACAUACUGGUUAAUUGGUGAAAAAAACAGUUCCAUUACGAACAAUACAUAUGUACCAAAGAAUUGUAGCGAAAACACUGUUACUAAUAAUCCCAGCAUUACUUUUCAAGGCCCAGACAGUCCUGCAUCCCACUCACUCACGCAUAGUCAAAGUCCAGACAGAAAUGGAACAAAAGAUAACGCCAAUAGAACAUCAGAUAUAUUAACAGAACGAGAUCGUAUAAAACAUGAAAUAGCGACGUUUGUUGCCAAAGAUCUCAUCAACAAUAUAGACAACGCUGUGCGAGAAUUUAGAUUGUCUCAAAGCGCUAACUUGGCUUCAGCGCCAAAUUGUAGUAAGUCAAUAUGCAAUGGUAAUGACAAAGGCCUAAUUACUCCCACAUAUGAUAAGGAACUCGUAAUUAAUAAAGGAAAAGUUAGAGAUGUUGUCAACAGACUUAAUAAUACAAUAAAUAAUACGAAUGAUACUAAAAAUACUAAGCAAAAAGCUGUAAAAAAUGAAGACUGA